AUGCCUGUGGACAGAACUCCUGUUAAAUCUGAGUCAACUCCGUCAACUUCUACUACUUCAGCGUCAACCGUAAGCCUACAAGAACAGGUCGGAACAGAGAUUUUAAAUUUAUCUUCUGGUUUUGAACAUCAGUCAUCGGGUGAGUCCACUCAGAUCCAUUCAAAUGAAUUUCGCCUUUUGAAACUUCCAACCUUUUGGCAUAAACAACCUAAGCUGUGGUUUGCUCAGAUUGAGAGUGAAUUUACUGUAUACCGUAUCCGUUCUGAGGAUAUUAAAUAUAGUUCAGUUAUUCGUCAUCUUGAUGAACAAGCGUUAGUCGCGAUUUCGGAGAUUGUUGAAAAUCCGCCUGAAAUUGAUAAAUAUAAUCAGUUAAAGAAAGCACUCAUUCAUCGUUUCACGGAUUCUGAAGAAAAACGUUUGAGACAAUUAUUAGCUGGUAUUGAGUUAAAUGACAAGAAGCCUUCAGAACUUUUACGUGAAAUCCGUCAAUUAUCCGGUGGUUCUUUAGCAGAUAACAUUUUACAUUCGAUUUGGCUACAACGUUUACCAUAUAAAGUUCAAGCGACUCUUGCAGUGGUUGAAAACGUACCUUUAGUCAAGCUCUCGGAACUCGCGGAUAAAAUAGUUGAACGUGAUACUGGUUUUCAAGUCGCGGAAGUUAAUACGCAAUCAACCUCUAAACAAUCUGAUUUUGCUGAUUUGGAACAAAGAAUCGCUGCGCUUGAAGUAUCUCAUCGUCGUGGCAGAUCUUUUAGCCGAUCUAGAAGCAGAUCAAAAUUCAGAUCAAAUUCACGAAAUAAAAGAUCUAAUUCUAAAGAUCAGUCAAUUUGUUUUUAUCACAAAAAAUUUGGUAAUAAGGCAAAGAGAUGUACCAUUCCUUGCUUGAUGUCAAAAACUCUUACCGACUCUCAGGAAAACUAG